AUGGAUCCGGAGGUGCGGUCAGACCGUGCGCAGGGGGGGCUGGGGGAGAAGCCCCUUGUAACCCCAGGCAGGUUUAGGGAAGAACCUGACAUGGAUGGAGGGAAAAGUGCCCCUGAGACACUUGUUGAGUACAGAGGCCUGGUCAGACACACAGGAGGCUGUCACUGUGGAGCCAUCCGCUUUGAGGUCUGGGCAUCAGCAGAUCUGCAUGUUUUUAACUGCAAUUGCAGCAUUUGCACAAAGAAACAGAACAGACACUUCAUUGUCCCAGCGUCCCGUUUCAAGCUGCUGAAGGGUGCUGAUAAUUUGACCACAUACACCUUCAACACACACCGUGCCCAGCACACGUUCUGCAAGACCUGUGGUGUGCAGAGCUUUUAUACUCCUCGUUCAAAUCCAGAUGGCUAUGGAAUAGCUCCCCAUUGUCUGGAUGAUGGCACCGUGCAGACCAUUGUCACAGAGGAUAUCAAUGGCAAGGAAUGGGAGAAGGCAGUGAAGGAACAUAAGACCAUCAGAGACAUGUCAAAACCAUGA